AUGGUGCACGCUCGCAGCCGGUUUGAGUUUCGUGUGAGCAGCCUGAGACAGAAGCUCCUGGAGUCCCGCAUCCAGAUUUCUGACCUGGAGGAGCAGCUGAAAGUCCUGGAGGCCCAACAAGCGAAGGCUGAGCUGGGCCUGGACACAGAGAUGCAGGAGCUGAGGAAACUUCACGCCUUGGAACUCAACAAGCUGGACGUGCAGCACGACAACAUCCUUCAGGUCAGGCUGGAAGAAGAGAAGGGGAAUCUACAGGAGGAGCGGGAGAAGGUGGAGAGGAAACUGUUAGAGGAGUGGGAGAGGGAGAAGAUGGAGUUACAGCAGAGCCACGAGGAGGCAAUGAAGGCUAGAAUAGAGGAGGUGAGUUUGAAGUUCCAGGCAGAGCGAGAGGAGUUAGAGAUGCGACUCACAGAGGAGUGGGAGAGGGAGAAGGCUCAGCUGGAUGAGCAGAGUAAUGAGUCGCUCCAGACCGUGUUAGAGGAGGAGAUGUUACGUCUAGUUAAGGAGCAGGACAGUAGGGAGAUACGGCUCACUGAGCAGUGGGAGCUGGAACAAGUUCAGCUCAAGGAGUGUCUGGAGGAGACUCUCCUCACCCGUUUGGCUGAGGAGAAGCUGAAGCAGCAGGAUCAGCAGGAGGAGGUGGAGAGGAGGCUCAGGGAGGACUGGGACAGGGAGAGACUCCAGCUGGAGGAGGACUAUGAGGGGAUGCUCCAGGCGCAGCUGCAGGAGGACAGGGAGAGGCUUGCGGGAGAGAAGGAGGAGGUGGAGAAGAGGCUGGAGCAGAUGAUGGAGGAGGAGAAGGAGCGCCUGGAGGAGGCCCACAGACAGGCCAUGCAGGAACUGAGUGCCAAACACAGCGAGGAGAGGGAACAGCUCAGCGGUCUGCUGGACAAACUGCGAGAGGAUAUCGCUGAGGAAAGGAAAGAACUAGAGAGCCACUUUUCCCAGAAAAUCAGGGAGGUGGAGGCCCGGUUCUCAGGCGACCAAGACGCUGUCGCACAGCGCUUCCAAACCGACGUUUCCAACCUGGAGAAGCACUAUCAGAGCGAGCUGAAGGCACUCACUGACAACCACGCUGAGCAGAAAACCAAAUGGGAUGCGGAAAUGGAGGAAGCCCUUCAGAAAGCUGAAGAGCAGAGGAGAGUUCUGCAGGAAACCAGAGAACAAGAGCGAGAGACCAUCACCCAGGACCUGGUGAAAGAGAGGGAGCUGCUAGAGAGUGUCCAUAAGGAAGAGAUGGGCGCAUUGGUUGCGAAGAACCAUGAACUCCAAAAGGAGCUGGAGAGUUUCAUCAGUUUAGCCCAGACCAAAGAGAUUGAACUGAGUAGGCAGCUGAAUGAUCUUCACAAUAGGCUGCAGGAGAACCUGGACACUAAAGACGAGCUUCUGGCCAAGUCUGAGAAGAAAGCCCAGGAGAUCGAGCUUCUGCUGAACCAGGCCGUGGAGGACUUCAAGCAGGAGAGGGCAGAACUUCAGGGAAACCUUUCUGAAUUAGAGGUGAGGCACUCCUUGGCUGAGAAGCAGCUUGAGGAGAUGAGUGAGCUGCUCUCAGAACAUGAUAACCAGAAUUUGAAGAUCAAAGAACUGGAGAAGCUCCUGAGACAGGCAGCUGUGGACUUUCAGUUUGAGAGGCUGGAGCUGCAAGAGAACAUCUCGGACCUGGAACUGAAGCUGAAGGAGAGCCGUCCUUCCUCUGAUCUGCAGGACAAUGAGAAAGGAGAGCUUCUGGUCGAGAGAGACCAGCUUAGUAUUAGAAUUCAGGAAAUCGAGAAUGAGCUCAACCAACUUCUAGACUCUGCAGACAUAACAGGGGGCAAAGAAAUGGGAGAAUCAUAUGAAGUAAAUGUAGCACCACCAGAAGAGGAACAUAUAGAGGCUGCAGCUCUUGAAGAACAAGUAGCUUCAGAAAACAUUACCGUUAGUGAUGAGACAUGUGACAAUGUUGUUCCAGAGGACUGUGAAGGCCUUGACAUAGAAUAUGUAUUCCCUGUGGAGCAGGGACCAAAUGACAAAGUUGAGAUUAUUACUGUAUCACCUCAUGAGAUGGAGAUUUCUGAGAACAUCAUUGCAGAUGUUUGUGAUCAAGAAAUAACUGUUACCUCAGACAACCUGAAUGUCUUAGUAGAGGCAUCUGAAACCUGUGGUGAACAAGGACAAGAUGAUGAGGUGGAGACGAUACCUGAAACUCCAAAUAGGUUAGAGGAAUGUUCUGAAGAUACCAUAACUCUUCAUUUUGAUGGGACAUGUGAUGAUGAAACUACUGUGGACGAUGGCCAAGACCCAGUGGUCGAAUCUGUUGCCGUUGAGGAGCAAGCACAAGAUGACAACGCUAGUGAGGGAAGGAUGAAUGCUGAAACCUCUGAAGACAUUGAGGUAUGUCCUGAAAACAUUAUCAGUGUUGAGGCAUGCAAUGGUGAAGUCGCUGCUAUUCCAGAAGAAUGCCAAGACCUUGUUGGGGAAUCCCAAUCGUCUGAAUGCCAAUGUCAGGCUGAGGACAACAUGGACGAAGACACUAACGAUGACAUUGUAGCAAUGUCCAUUCCAGAGGAGAAACCUCAAAGUGAUGACAUUGAUGGAGAUGUAUGUCCCUCUGAGAUUAAGUGUGAAGACUCCUCCCCUGAUAAGAUUGGACAGAAUGAUGCUAGUGUUCAAGAAACUGUUUUCGAUGAUAAGCCUGAAGAGGAGGAACCUCAAGAUGAUCUGAUUAAUGAAGAAGUGAAGAGUUAUGUGUCUCUGGUUGUCUCUUCAGCCCUAGAGGAGAUAGGUCAUGACACUGACGAUACCAAAGUGGCUUGUCUUUUCGAGGAAACUCAAGAUCUAGAGAAAAAGUCUGUGGAACUGAUUCCUCAGCUGCAGCAGAGGUGCGAAGAAGCAGUGAAUGAGCGAGAUGACUAUAUCCGUGAGAUCCUGGAGCUCCAUGAGCAAGUCAGUCAGUUGGAGAGCGAGGCCAGUCUUCUGGCUCAGCUACAGAGCCAGUAUGACACUGCCACUGAGGAGAACCUGGCGCUACAGCAGAAGAUCUCCGAGCUUCAGCAGAAGUCGGACGCACUAGAGAGUCUUUCAGCAGAAAACGAUCAGCAAGCUUUAGAGAAAAACGGCACCCUCAAAGCUCAGGCCAACGAGAUCAAGGUGACGUCUUCAGAUAUGACCUCGCUUCAGAUCCGAUACGAGGAGUGCAUCUGUGAAAACGCCAAGCUGGAGGAACAAAACUGUCGGCUGGAGAAGAGAGUUGUGGGCCUCGAGAGCAAGAUGCACAUCAUCCAAGACUUCCAAGAUCAGCAAGUAGCAUUGGUGGACGAGAUCACCAGGAUGAGAGAGGAGAAUUGUAAGCUGACUGAGCUAGUCAGCGAGUUAGAGAGGCAGGAUGAGAUUCUCAUGGCUCUGCAGCUGGAGGCCGAGUCCGAGGAAGACGUCACCACAGAACAAGAACAAGAGUCCUUCCUGGACCUGAACUUCCAACUGGAGGCUAAGAUACAAGUGGUGUCGGAGCUGGAGGACUGCUGCACGGAGUUCGAGAAGCAGAACGCCAAGCUCCGCAGAGCCCUAACAGACCUGCAAGACAAGUCGCUGAAGAUGCAUGAAAAGAUGCAGACCCAUAGGAAUGAGGCGGGUCGUUUAGCAGAGGAGAACCUCUUACUCAGACACAAGAUCUCCGUGCUGAAGGAAGAGGACCUGAGAGAGACCCGGGAGGAGACGCUCUUGAAACUGGAGCGUUUCAGGAAGGAGAAGAUAUCGGCACAAAAGAAAGCAGAGAGUUUCAAGAGACAGAUCUCUGAGCUGCGUCUCCGUAGUCAGCAGCUGGAGGAUGAGAACGGGAUGUUGUCGGAGAAGAACGCCCAGAAUGCAGCAGGAGUGGAGGGGUUGAGCCAACAGCUGGGGGAACUGCUCAGACAGAGUGAGAGACAGGAGGCUGUCAGAGACCAGCAGCACAAUGAACCAGAGGACAACAGGACCAAGAUGGCAGUGUGUGCGUCUGCCCUGGAGGCGGAGCUAACCAACGCUGUGGACGGGACUGUACUACUAGAGGAGGGCAAGGCCCAGCUGGUGAUCACCACCCUCCGCGAUAAAGUGGCUACGAUGGGGGCUGUGGAGUGCCAGCUCUCCCUCCUCCUGCAGGAACACAAGGCUUUGGAGAAACUAACCCAGGGAUUUCGCAAUCAGCUCGCCAAGUCUCAGGAGAGGUCUCAUGUGUUGGAUGAAAGUCUCCAGUCUGUUAACCUCCAAAACGCCCGUCUCAAGUCGGACCUCCGCGUGUCACAGCAGGAGAAGGACGCCCUCAAACAGGAAGUGAUGUCACUGCACAAACAGCUGCAGAAUGCCAACGAUAAGAACCAGGUUCUGGAGAUGGCCCUGCAUUCCAGCGGAUACCAGAGCCAGCACAAGAAGUUGUACCGGGACGAGCUGGCCAGGUUGGUGGAACAGGAGCAGCAGCUGCUGAGGCAGGAGAACGAGAGGCUGACCAUGGAACUCCACAACACCAAGGACGACCUUCACCACAGCAGGGACAAGACGCGUCAGCUGGAGGCAGCCAUCUUCACCGUGAAGCAGCAGAAACAGCAGGGCCAGUCCAGCAUGGUGGAGACUGUGGAACAGCAGAAGACUGCUCUGAAGAGAGAGCUGAACGUGAUGCAUCAGGAGCUACUCUCUGCUCAGAACAAGGUGUGUGAGGUCCAGAGAGAGCUGGAGAGUCUUCGUCAGGAGAACGAAGGUCUGAAGACCCAACAGGCCCAGCUACAGGCACGGCUUCUGGAGGCCCUCCAAGUCCAGCUGGUUGGUAUGCUGCCCACAUCCCCUCGCAGGAUGCCUGGUGAGCGGAGAGAGCAACACCGCAGGGACGACCUCAACCCAGAGAACAUACAGAACGAGAGGGCGACGACGAUGAUGAUGAUGAUGAUGAAGAUGGAGGAACGUAUGAGGGAGAUAGAAAUGUCUCUGCAUAAUGUCAAGCUGCUGCUCAAGGAGAAGGUCUGCCAACUCAAAGAUCAGCUCCACAAGAACGGCAAAGCUGAUUCGUUGAUCAAGGACCUGUACGUGGAGAACGCCCAGCUGCUGAAGGCCUUGGACAUGACCGAGCGGAGACAGGAAAUAUCAGAGAAGAAGAACUACCUACUGGAAGAGAAGAUCUCCAGCCUCAACAAGAUAGUCAGAGACCUGAGUCCCUCACCCCUAGCCCCCAUGCCCUAUCAUUUCACCUGUUCCUAAUACUACGCUUUGACCCCUGACCCCAGUAGCUGGACGGAACAUGGAUCUAAUACUACACUUUGACCCCUGACCCCAGUAGCUGGACGGAACAUGGAUCUAAUAAUACACUUUGACCCCUGACGCCAGUAGCUGGAAGGAACAUGGAUCUAAUACUACACUUUGACCCCUCACCCCAGUAGCUGGACGGAACAUGGAUCUAAUACUACACUUUGACCCCUCACCCUAGUAGCUGGACGGAACAUGGAUCUAAUACUUCACUUU